CGGAGGCGGGCGGAGCGGAGCGGUGGGGCUGGGCCUGUUCGCAUCCCCCCGCGUCCCCCCGGCUCCGCCUCGCCAGGGAGCGGGGACCUGCCCAGCGACACCGGCAACUGGCAGCCCCGGAACCACCGGAGCCGCCACCGGAGCCGCCACCGGAGCCGCCCGGCCGGUCCCGCCGCCGAUGGCCCCGUGCCGCCGCCUCCAAGGAGGAAGGUGCUGAGCGGCUGCUGUGGGGUUGGCUGCCCAGGGGCUCAGCAGGAGGAUGCCAGCCUGCUCAGAGCCCCCCGUGCCCGUGGCCGUGCCGAUGUGACCGACAGCUGAGCGGGAUCUGCGGUGCCCAGCUGGGCACAGGGAGCACAGCGGCUCGUGGCCCCCCCACGUGGGCCCUGGCCACCCGAAGAUGAGCGAUGGUGGGUGGAUCUCGCUCAGCCCCGCCGAGUUCGCCCAGCUCCAGCAGUACACAGACUACUCCACCAAGAAGCUGAAGGAUGUCCUGGAGGAGUUCCACGGCGACGGCGUCCUCUCGAGGUACAACCCCGAACAGCCCAUCGACUACGAGGGCUUUUGCCUCUUCAUGAAGACCUACCUGGAGGCGGACGUGCCCGAAGAGCUUUGCCAACACCUCUUCACCUCCUUCAAGCGGAAGAUAUGCCAGGCCUCCCCCGAGACGCAGCGCCAGAGCCCUGGCGUCCCGCAGCUCCAUGCCCGCGGGAUCAAUGGGAAAACGCUCCUGAGUGCCCUGGGACGACACACUCCUGAGCCCAAGAGCUGCCCCAGCAGAGUGGCUGAGCCGCAGCCAGCGUCCCUCACACCAGCAUCCAUCCCCAAUGCCUCCCCAAGCUGGUCCAGGUCAUCCUCCCAGAAGUCCACCGCUGGCACCCCUUCUGCUCACAACUCCUCGGGCUCUUCCAAGAUCUCGUCCGGAUCCCUGCUCAGCCCUCAGUCACCAGGCACAAAGAUAGUGGAGAAACGGUUGCCCUUCAGCCUGCGGAAGAACCACAGCUCCCUGAAAGCUGCUCCACCACCGCCCCCCACCCCCCUGGCCCAGGUGGUCCAUCUGAAGGACAUCGUCUGCUACCUGUCCCUGCUGGAGAGGGGACGUGCCGAGGACAAGCUGGAGUUUAUGUUUCGCCUCUACGAUACUGAUGGAAAUGGCCUCCUGGACAGUUCAGAGCUGGAUCGGAUCAUCAACCAGAUGGUGCAUGUGGCCGAGUACCUGGAGUGGGACUCCACUGAGCUAAAACCUAUCUUGAAGGCGAUGAUGGAGGAGAUCGACUAUGACCACGAUGGGACCGUGACGCUGGAGGAGUGGAUCCGGGGUGGCAUGACCACCAUCCCCUUGCUGGUGCUACUGGGGAUGGAGACGAACGUGAAGGAUGAUGGGCAACACGCCUGGAGGCUGAAGCACUUCAAGAAACCUGCCUACUGCAACUUCUGCCGCACCAUGCUGCUCGGGGUGCGCAAGCAGGGCCUCUGCUGCUCCUUCUGCAAGUACACUGUCCAUGAGAGGUGCGUGUCCAAAGAAAUCGCCUCCUGCAUCAGCACCUACGUGAAAUCCAAGAGAAACAUGAGUGUGAUGCAGCACACCUGGAUCGAGGGCAAUUCCCCUGUCAAAUGUGACAGGUGCCACAAAAGCAUCAAGUGCUACCAGGGCAUCACUGGCCUGCACUGUGUCUGGUGCCAAGUCACCCUCCACAACAAAUGUGCCUCCCACGUGAAGCCAGAGUGCGACGGGGGCCCACUGCGGGACCACAUCUUGCUACCUUCCUACAUCUGUCCCAUUGUCCUGGACAGGCAGUCCCACUGCCGGAGAUCAGAGAGUGACUCCCCUGCCAGCACCAGCCCCGAGGACAACCAGGCCUUCAAGUUCAACUCCACCACUGUGGAUGGGCAAGGUCUGCAGAUCAGCCCUCGGCCCGGGACGCAUCCUCUCCUGGUGCUUGUGAACCCCAAGAGCGGAGGACGGCAAGGGGAGCGAGUCCUUCGGAAAUUUCACUACCUGCUCAACCCACGCCAAGUGUACAACCUGGACCGCGGCGGGCCCGCGCCGGGGCUGAGCUUCUUUCGGGACACUCCGGAUUUCCGCAUCCUGGCCUGCGGAGGGGAUGGCACGGUGGGCUGGAUCCUGGACUGCAUAGACAAGGCCAACUUGGUGAAGCACCCGCCGGUGGCUGUCCUGCCCCUGGGAACAGGCAACGACCUGGCCCGGUGCCUGCGCUGGGGAGGAGGCUAUGAAGGAGGCAACCUGAUGAAGGUCCUGAAAGACAUCGAGCACAGCACGGAGGUGAUGCUGGACCGCUGGCAGAUAGAUGUUGUUCCCAGUGACAGAGAGGCCAACGGAGACCCUGUCCCAUCCACCAUCAUCAACAACUACUUCUCCAUUGGGGUGGACGCCUCCAUCGCCCACCGCUUCCACGUCAUGCGAGAAAAGCACCCCGAGAAAUUCAACAGCAGGAUGAAGAACAAACUGUGGUACUUCGAAUUUGGGACAUCGGAGACCUUUGCGGCCACCUGCAAGAAGCUCCAUGACUACGUGGAGGUGGAGUGCGACGGGACCCUGCUCGACCUGAGCAAUGCGUCCCUGGAGGGCAUCGCCGUCCUCAACAUCCCCAGCAUGUACGGUGGUUCCAACCUCUGGGGCGAGACCAAGAAACAGCGCGGUUACAACCGCCUGGGCAAGAAAGCACCGGAGAAGCUGCCCGCCACGGUGGUCACCGACGCCAAGGAGCUCAAGUUCUGCGUGCAGGACCUCAGUGACCAACUCCUGGAGGUGGUGGGUCUGGAGGGCGCGAUGGAGAUGGGGCAGAUCUACACGGGGCUGAAGAGCGCUGGGAAGAGACUGGCGCAGUGUUCAUCCGUCACCAUCAGGACAUCCAAGCUGCUGCCCAUGCAGGUGGACGGGGAGCCCUGGAUGCAGCCGGCCUGCACCGUCAGAAUUACACAUAAAAGCCAAGUGCCAAUGCUGCUGGGCCCCCCACAGAAGAGCAGCUUCUUUUUCCUGAAGAGGAGAAACCGAACUCGAGAUUAAGCAGCGUGCAAGGAGCCCAGAGGCACCCAGCAUCCUGUCCCUUUGCAGAGGGUCCCCAAAUCCCUCAGUGGGGAGAAAAAACACCCCCUGAGCCAGGCAGGGAUGAUUUGUCCUGGGAAGGUCUUAGAGGCUCCUUCCCAACCACCGCAAGCAUCUUCUCCAGCUGGGAUGGAAGCGUUGGGCGAAGGCAGGCUGACACACAGGGAACCAUUUGCUGGAGCAGAGCUAGGACUACUGUUUUUUUUUCCCCUUUAUUUAAAUAAUCCCCCCCCCCGCCUCGGCAAUGCUGCAAACAAACGUGCUCCUGAGAAAAUGCCAAGCUUCACUUAUUUAUUUUUAAACCUCUUGAAGGACACUUGAUGUUUUGUUGCACUGGCUUUGUGUCCACCACCCCCUUGCACCUUGGAGAAGUGAUUUAUUUUCUUAGCACAGAGGAGGUGCUCUCCGCCGUGCCUUCCCGUGGGUUUGAACCAGAUGCAAAGACACUGCCGCUCGGGGGAGCCAUGAGGUGUGGGACGGGCUGGGGACAUGUGGUGCUUCGGCCACAAGGACAAGCGUGGGGUGGACAGGAGGAGACUGUGUUUUGAUGUGGAAACAGAUAAAAAAGAGAUUUUAGCAGGGAGCUGCCGACCCUGGGACGCCCCUGUGCCCCGGCUCCGGGCUUCUUAUUCAUAUUUAUGUAUUUAUUUAGCAAACUUUGGGGGGACUUUGGGGGUCACCUUCUUUUUUUGAACUUGGGUUGGACACAAACGCCACCUCCAUUCUCUGCUGGUUGUCCUCCCGCCUGCACCCACGGCGCCUCCAUCCAUGUGGACUUUCCUUUCUCCUAAAGCCUGCCAGACUGUGCCAGGGGCUGGGGACCCUGGGGACAGACAUCCAGAAGCUCUUUUCACUUGGAAGUGUCCCCCUCACCUUUUUACCCGGCUCCUCCUGUGCUCCAGCAGCCCGAUGCUUUCCUCGCAACGACUGACACUGCCUCUGAUGCCCCCAGAUGGCUGCGGGGAGCGGGGGGAGCUGACAGCCAUGUCUCCCCCCAGCCCACCCCAAAGCCCAGGAGCUUCGCAGACGCUGCUGCCGGCACUGCCGCCUGGCUGCUCCUCUUCUCCUCGCCCAGCCGACUGCUGGAGCCUGCCCAGGAUGCAACGGCAAGUUUGGUGGCCUCACCCAUGCGUCCCCAACCAGCCGUAUGGGAACAGACCACGGGACGCAGCUUCACCCUGGGAUGAGACGGGGACCAGUAAAUGGCCGCCUGCCUGGAGGAGGCAGUGGGGCUGGAUGUGUUCUUGCUCCACGGCGCUCCUGGGGGCCCAUGGAAAGGGCCGCUGGUUGCUUCUGCAGGCGCCCACUGCCUCCUGCCGUGGCCCUGCGUGGGGGCACGUCCAGCUCCCGAAUCAGCCCCUGCUCCCAGGCAGCUCCCCUGUGUCACUGGGAGCGGUGUGUGCCUCGUGGAUGUUGCUGCAGGCUGGAAAACCACUGCUUGUCCCUGCUUUGCCCCUGCUGCAGGAACCCCCAUCUGGGACAAGCCACCCUGCCCUCCCCAGUGACCCAGAACCUAGUCCCUGUUCAUGCUGUAGGUCCCCAUUCAAUAGCAUCACCCCAGCGGUGCAGAGAGUGCUGCUGUCAUUAUGUUUCAGAGUGAACAGUGAGUCGUUUGUCACCCUCCCCAGGCAGGGACAGUGCUGUUGUGCCCACAGCCAAGCUGUAGCUGUGGGCUGGCUCUGCAACAUGGGAGGAGGCAGCGGGUCCCCAGGGGAGCCCAGCCGGGCUCCAGACCCCCAGGCCCCCUCAAGGACCCGUCCAGAAGGCGCAGAGGUCACCACAGUUCAGCAGAGCUGUGACCUGCGCACACGGGCACCCACCAUAUGUAUCUCCACCCUCCUCCUCCUCAUCACCCCGGGCCUCUGUUAAUGAGUAGCCAGGUGAAAGUGUAGGGGAGUGAAGCCAAAUAACCGCUGGGUGUCACAGACGGGUUCUGUGCCUCACAGCUCCUGCGCUUGGGGAGGGCAAAAGAAAAACUUCAGCCAUCUCCCGAGCUUUGCUGGCAGGCAGGUGCUGGGCUUGGUCUGUGGGAUGACAACGAACAAGGUCAGCAGCAGGUUUAACUCUGUUUCCCUGCCUGAUCGGCCUCCACCCGGAGUUUUAUCCCAGGGCUCUGAUGAGAAAGUGCCUGUGUGGAGUCAGCAGCAGUUUUCCCCACAGGCCUGGUCAUGGUUUGCUGGGCUCCAAGCAAAGAGCAGCACACGGGGCUCUGCUGUGCUUUGCCAUCGGUGGUGGUGGAGCUGGGGGAAGCAACUGGGCACUGUGCCCAUUCCCACAGCCAUGGGUCCGGCAGCGUGCCGGGGUGAGGAGCACUCGUUGGAGCUCCAGGCCAGGGGGGAGCACUCAGACGUGUCCUGCAGAGCCACCAGCCUGGGCCAGCGGGACCAUGACAGACCAGCAGCAGGCUGCCAAGAGCGGUGGGCUCCAACAGAGACAUUCCCUUCUGAUGAUCAGUGAGAUGGUCCCUGCCACCUCCCCCUGGGGACACAGCUUCCACCCGCUCCUGCAGUGCCAAAGCCACAGUUCAAUGGGCCUGGCAGCUAAUGACCUCCUCAGUACAAUGGUGCAAAGGUCUCCAGCCCAGGAGUGGACCUGCAGGGGUUGGGACACCGGCCCAGCUGUCCCCAGCUCCCCGGAGGAGUACACCAUGCAGCCAAGGGGCACUCAAGGCUCUGACACCCCUCGUCCCCCUUGCUGUCUCUUGCUUCAGCCCAUUGGUCCCCUAAAGGCUGCGGGAUGGACCGGGAGCCCCCAAACACCUCCCUCCAGCUGCAGGCACCAGUAUGGGUGCCCAAGCACCCUGCUGAGCCAGCACUGUGCUGCGGGACCCCCAAAAGCUGGGGAAUCCCAUCCCCAGGGGAUCCCCAGCCCAGUGCCGGCUCCAGCCCCGCUCCCCACCGUGUGCGUCGCCGUGGUUGCCUGCAUGGAAAUGGCAAUGUCCGUAGCGUAGCGCGUGUUGCCGUGUACACCCGGGCUGCUGUGGGCUUGCCUCAAAUAAAGAUGGUGAUUAAAUA